UGGGAUACAAUGAACUAAGUCGUUCAGCAUCCAAUCAGCUAGCCAAGUUUAUCUGCACUCUACCCUGCCUUACGAACCUAACAAUCACUAUGAAAGUAUAUGGCAUAGAUGACUUCGUCACUGAACUCGCUUCCUUGGCUGCAUCCUCACAGAUCCAAACAGUCAACCUGGAUUUCAGAUCCCAAGAUUCGGUACUAAGUCAUUUGGCAUCCAAUCAGCUAGCCAAGUUUAUCUGCUAUCUACCCUGCCUUACGAACCUAACAAUCACUACGGGAGACUUUGUCAUAGAUGACUUCGUCACUGAACUCGCUUCCUUGGCUGCAUCCUCACAGAUCCAAACAGUCAACCUGGAUUUCACGACGGACUUUGACAUGGCAGUCAUGAAACUAUUAAGUCAUUCGGCAUCCAUGCAGCUAGCCACGUUUCUCUGCUCUCUACCCUGCCUUACAACCUUAGUGAUCAGUGUGAAUCAAUAUUUACAUGACGAUUUCUUCACUGAACUAGCUUCCUUGGCUGCAUCCUCACAGCUGCUGAGAGUCUAG